CAUGCGCCAGCACUAACUGGAACUAAAUAAAAUCUCCUUCUAGUCUCUUGUGACCAUCAAUUUUCAUUAGAAUGCAUUAUCAUAAUAAAUGAUGAUGUAAACAUUAGAAUACGAGACGAUGAGGGACGUAUUAGGUUGCAUUUGAUGUAAGGUUGCGGCUCCACUCGCCGGCUAAUUUUCGAGCAAGUUGGAUUUUACUUUUAGGCCUACUGAAUACUUUCGGCUCUUGCAAUCACAAACGUGGUGGAUCUAUUUGGAGUGCGCACCUUUGAACAGUUGGUCAACAUUGACUUAUCACGAUGGCGCCUAAACGUAUUGCUAUUUGGAGUCACCCGAGGUCACUUUCUACUGCCUUGGUGAUGAGCCUCGGCAACUACGGAAAAGUGGAAGUCUUCAAUGAGUUUUAUGGCGGCGCUUAUGCCUUUGGCCCUGAAAAGAAAGUGUCUUCCCCGCCCCCGCUACCGAUUCCACCUGAGAAGGACCUGACCUACGAUGCUGUCAAAGCGUUGCUUGAGACCGACUAUCCCGAUCAGGAGCUCAUCAUCUUCAAGGACCAUGCAGCCGCUCUGGAUAAGAAAUACGACAAACUCCCUCAGGGUUUCGUCCACACGUUUAUCAUCCGAGACCCGACGAAGAUGUUUCUCUCAAACCAGAAGAUGGCCGAGAAGAGCGGCAUGACGAUUGAAAUGUUCAUCAAGUUCUCCGAGACGAUGUUCGGGAAGAGUCACGGAUACGAAGCUAUGGUGGAUCUGGUCAAGUACAUCGAGGAGACGCUCAAGCAAAAAGUGGUGAUUGUAGACGCUGAUGACCUCCAGAGCAACCCCAAGAAUGUGCUAGGAACCUUCUGUAAGGCUGUAGACAUUCCAUUUAGAGAUACUCUGUUGAGCUGGAAGCCGAUCGCCGAGAUCCCCUGGCACAUCCCGAAGGCACUACUGGCCUUUAACAAAGCGACCGGUGCGUAUGAAAGUGCACUGAAGAGCACAGGAUGGCUACCCCCUGACCCUAACACCGUGGAUCUUACCAACAUUCCAAAGGUCCUGUUUGAUGCAAUAGAGGUGGCCCUCCCGUUUUAUGAAACGCUGCAUGCCAAGCGACUGAACUGGACUUAAUUUUUCAUAUUGUUGAAAUAAUUUCUUUGUCAAUCGUUGCGAAACACGUCUUCUUAACUGAAAAUGCAAACUAGUACAAUUUGUUUUACUUUCUAUUCACAUCAAAAAUGGCUUACUCCAUUAGCCUUUAUUCUGUUGUAAUGUUGUUCAAGUGCAUGAUUUAGCAACGUUGUAGGUGUGUUUGUUCUUCAUGACCAAUUUCACAGAGAGCUGAUAAGCUCUAAGUGUUAAGUAGGAUUUGAAACUUUGUAUUGUGGAAAUACGAUAUGGAAACGGUUUGCGGUAACACCGUGUAAUGAUU